UAUGGAUGUAUUUUUUUUUUCCACGUCACUGUAGCCUCAGCCCAGACCGUAAGCACUACUGGCUGCAUUUACUACACUGACUUUCCGUUCAGGCACUGUGGCCAACCUCCCCUUGAUUUAAAGCGCAGCUUUUUUUUCGUCUCUACGCAGAAUCAGACGUCACUCUGCAAGAAUCGGCAAUUAAUUGGCCAACGCGGAAAUAACAUCAACCGUGCAUAAACAGACGCCGUUAUUCUCGGAGAACUAUCCAGUUGCAGACGUUUGCUUUUCCACAACAAAAGCUUUUUUAAAAAUAAUAAUUUAAAAAAAAGCCGGAUAGCGCACAUGCGGUAAGAGGAUAAAACACUGGGAAGGAAGCCGGAGGAGAUCCAGAGAAGAAAAGAAAAAAAGAGAGCGGGAUCUAAGCGGGGCUAGAGGCGCAACCUGGAGCGACGCUACUACAAAAAUCUGACCUCGACCUUCUAGGACGCUGCUCGAAAGUGGUCGUUGGGGAAGAAAUGGCGAAAUUCCUCCCCUUCUCCCAUGCUGUUUCUCCAGCGCACAUGUUGCCCAGGCUACUGGUGCUGCUGAUCAGGAGGAUGUUUGCGUAGGAGUGUUAUAUUUUUCUGCAGAUCAGUCUGCACUGUUACAACAACUCUAGCCGAGCGGUUGAUGGACUCGUGCGCUGAUAACGUCGUUAUCACCGGAAACCGGUUCGCUUUCUUUUCUUUCUUUUUUUUUUUUUUUUACAUUUGAAACCUUUUUGAUUUUGCUCCUAUAUUUUUUUUCGUAUACUCUUGUCUGGAAUUGAGCCAAAUAAAAGAAAAAAAUAGUUUUCAUCUCAAGAGAGUGUGAAGGAAGCUGGUCUACUGGAAACGAUUAAGGAAAUAAGCCUGGACCUUUGCAUCUUUUGUCUGGAUUUUUUUUUUUAUUAAUGAAUGACAGUCAGAGAGGAUUGGGCCCUGUUGAGGGUUAUGUUUGCUUUCAGUUCAGAGUUGAAACUCUUUCAAAAGCAAAACAAAGAUUUUGCAUUCUCUUCCUAUUCUUCCAAUUGAUUUUUUUUUUUUUUUUUUUGGCCAUUGCUCAGAUUUUUUGUUUGAAUAACUGAAGUCAACUAGGAGAGAAAACUGCCCUGGAUGUGACCCAAAGAAUUCAUCUUAUCUCUGAAGGGUGUUGAUGGAGAGCCAUUCGAAUGACAGCCGGGACAGUGGUCAUCACUGGUGGAAUUCUUGCUACGGUUAUAUUACUCCUUAUCAUCGCAGUAUUGUGCUACUGUAGGCUACAGUAUUAUUGCUGUAAGAAGGAGGAGUCAGAGUCGGAGGAGGAGGAGCCGGACUUUGCUGUCACGUCCCGCAUCCCACCGGUUCACUCGAACCACAACAUUGUGGCGGCGACGGCUGCCGCCUCCUCCAUGCCCAAUGGCCCUGCCAUUUUCUCCACCCCUCCUUUGGCUAGAAAACUGACACGCUCGCAGACCUUCUGUCCAUCGUGCACGCACUAUGAUUUGCCUUUCUACCUUCAGCCUCCUCCGCCGCAGCAGGUCCACCACCAACCAGAAGGACUGAGGAAUGGUGGAGAACGCGUUAGCUACCGCAGCGUCCAGCAGCAAGAUCUGGACCUGCCAGUGCCUGUUAACAUUUCAAACUAUCGUAAGCCAAACCUGGCCCGCUCAGUCACCAUGAGGGAAAUGUUUACGCGCAGCUGCAGCAUCAGCACUGAUGUUUAGCUGAGCAAAGGUGGACGUUCAUUGCUGUGAGUUGGUGCGACCACAACUGGACAGGACUUGAGUUUUGCUAAGUCUCAUUUUAUCUGUCGCCACCUGCAGAUUGGACCACUCUGAUGGCCAGUCAGACAGUCAGGACAGUUUUUUUCUCUCUCACCUUUACACUUUUCAGGCCCAUGAGCUUAUUCAUGGUCCAGUGCUAAGUAUUUAAAAGUGUUCUAAAAUGUCAAUGAAUGAAAUAAGCUUUGUUUUAUUUUGAGUGGUAAAGUUUGUGUUGCUCUACUUCCCUACUUCCUGGCCUGAAACAGUAGCAGAUUACUGCAACACCAAAAUGAUGAUGUGCUCAGGGGGGAUUUUAUCUUGUACACAGCUGCUACAAAUAAAAAAAUGACUGGGAGAAAUCUGGUGCCCUCCAUUAAGAAAGGAUGAUCUAUUUGUUCCUCCAUCAACAGAUUAUAGAGAUUUUUAAAUAUUAUCCACAAAGAUUAGAGGGGAGGAGGAGAAGGAGGGUGUUUUCAUGUUUUUAGCUACCACCCACAGAUGUUUUUGAUAGUUUUAACUUUGGACGUAACAUUUUAAGACAUUAAGGGCUCACGGAAGAUUUUAAUUCCCUCUCAUUUUUCAAAUCCUUUCACGUCUCAACUUUAAUAGUCUCUCUGAGACAGCACAGAGGGUUUAUCCCGCUUGAAGACGAGAGGAGAACCUUCAUGUUCUAACCGGGAGAAGUGGCCUGUGUUAUUGCAUUGUAUCCAGAAAGUAAAUGUGAGUUUACGGACAUGCAUUGUGGCUAUAAGCGUGUAUCGUGUUCUGUUGUUAUGCCAGAAUUUUUCAGUUCAUUAUAAUCAAACACAACCUGUCACCCAAAUGUUUAAUGAACCAGGAGCUGAGGCAUGUUGCAAUAAUAUUUCAUUGUGAAAAGGGAGAACACCAUGAGCCACAGAGAGACACAUCCAAGCAGAUUAUUACAAACCCUAACAAUAUUGUUUAUCUUACUGAUAGAAAGUGUAAGACAGAAGUUAGACGAGCGGUAUUUAACUUUCAGUGUAAUCUCUGUUCUUUACUGAAGUUUUAGCUUGUGGACUUUGCAGCGUACAUCUUGUAUUGUAUGUGACCACUGAUAUCCGAAUGCUUUGGCUAAAGAUUCACCCUUAAAGGCACAUGCAUAAAUAUUUAAUAGGCCACACUUCAGUUUCUUUCCCCUCCCUCUCUCUCGAGUCAGUGGACUGAAGAAAAUGUGCUCUUGCUCUGAGGUACUCCGAGAGUUCCUGCUCUGGAUUGUUUUUAUUUUCUUCACAAGGCUGACCGGACUGGCCGAAGGGCUGAUUUUUCAACUGGAAGAGCAAUUUAUGGUCCAAGGACAUACGGCUGAAAAUUAUUCACUGCUUGAUUUCAAAAGAGUCGUCUGUGUGAGGGAAAAAUUAUUAUAUUAUAUAUGUGCUUUACAAACAAAAAUCUAAAGUUUGUCCUUGCAUUUGAACUCACCCUCCUUCAUUCUGAUACCGCUAGACAAAAUCCAGUGCAAUCAAAUGCCUGCAGAUGUCAACCUUCUUAAUAAAUGUAGAUGAUGUGUAAGUACUUGAAUCUCAAUAUAAAUUUUGCUGCUUGAAAUCAUUAGUGUUUUUCAAAAUUUUUCAUGAUGGAAAAAAAAUAUCAUGAAGACCAAGUAACAUACCAGACAAGUCAGAGAUAAAGUUGUUUAGAAGUUUAAAGCAGAAUAUAUCAUAAAACACCAUUCAACAUGUCAACAUGAAGCUGGUAAGACAGGUUAGAGCUAAAUACAAGGGGGUCCUGAUUAUCAAGCUUGAGAUUUGAGGUUUGCUUCUACCAGGACAACAAACCAGAACAAAUAGCCAGAGGUACAAUGAAAUAGUUUAGAUCAAACUAGAUUCACGUUAAAGUGGACCAUUCAAAGUCCACACCUAUUUUUAGUCUCUACAUGUGGAAAACUACCCCCCCAAAAUCCUUAUAGCUUUAGUUGCACAGGGAUCAGCAAUAACAUAAUCUCUUAAUUUAUGUUAUUGCUAUCUCUGUUACUGCUAUCACAAAGGUGCUCCAGAGGCAAAGAAUACAAGUACACGCCACACUCUUCAUAUUUUUAUUCAGGGUAAAUGUUGAAAUUUACAAAUUUGUACAAUGAUGUAUUGCUUUCAUAUAUAAAAUCCCAUUGAAAUAAUCUGAAAUGUAUUGUUGUGAGAUAACAAAUGGAACAAAGUUCAAGAAGUAUGAAUACUUUUGUAAGGCACUUUACAAAAAGUCACAACACAUAAAUAAAUCUGUUCAAGGGCAUAACGCAGCCAUAACACACUCUCCUGUUCUAUAUUUUGAUCAUAUUUGUCACAGCUGACCACCAAGCCUACACAUUUGUACUUGUUGAAAUUUAAUUUUUAUCUUAAACCCUCUGAUGUCCCUUUAAAAGUAUGAAACUUGGGAGCAGUGAAAUGCUACCAAGGCCUGACACCCACCCUGGUCCUCACAGAGACAGCUAUAGCUAAACAUGUUCACACAGAACACAUGCAGACUCACAAGUUCUCAUUGUUUAUAUCUUUGAAGCUGAAUUUUUGCCAGAUGCACAGCUAAUGUAGUGUCAUAAAGAAGUGUGCGAGAAAUACAUUAUUAAGAGGACUAUUAUUAUGAUUACUAUUAUUAGAGGUGUUUAUUAAAAUAAAUUGUGAUUUGUGUUCAGGUAUUUACAUUAGUUGCAUUAUUUUAUGAUCCAGCUGUUUUUUCAGACUCAGUACAGUGCAGCAGACAUGUUUCUGUCCCUGUUUCUAAUAUAUAACUAACAAACACAUUGUUGCUAAUAAAAUGGUGUUAAAAUUG